AGUUCGUCAGGUGCCGGGUCCAACCUUCCCUCCGCUUCCCGUCUCUUCCUUCCUCUGGCUUCGCUCGUUGGCUUCAGUGGCUCGCUUGUCCCGCGACGACGACGACGAGCUGCCGCUGCUGCUCUGCGUCUGUCUCAUUACCCAGAACCAAAAGCUCUCUCUGCUCGUGCCUUUCUCGUGACGGACGCCCUGGGGAUUCUGCGUUGACCGCGAUCCAUGAGCCCAAAAGUUCUCCUCGCCUUUUCCAGGAUUCUAUGAUGUGAGCGCUCGCUCGCUCACGAGAGAGAGAGAGAGAGUGAGAGUUUGUGUGAGAGUGAGUGUGUGUGUAGGAGAGAGAGAGAGAGAGAGAGAGAGAGAGAGGAGGGAUUUCCAGUGAUUCGGGAGAGAACCGUGCAAGAGGAAGAGCAAUUUUUUUUCUCGAUUUUUGUUGAUUGGUCGGUUUGUUCGGAAAAGGACCCCCGGAAACGAAGACAGAGUGUACGGGGGGCUGUGAAAAUUAAAGCGUCUGGCUGGAGGAUUUGUCGGUUGGCUUUCCGGACGAUCGGAAUUGAGCUGCGAGGAUUGAUCGACAAGUGAUCGGGGGAUCGGUAGCCAGACCUAUUGCUUUUGAGCGGAGGAAGAGGAGGACGAGGAUCUGCCAUGGCAGGGGACGAGGCUGCUUCCAAAGCGGCAACCUCAAUUCACAGGUCGCCGUCCAGACCCCAGCUCGAUUUGAGCGGGGCGACGAUACAAGGCUCCACCGAGGACAAAAAUCCCGCAAUUGUUCUGCCGAACCAGAGUGAUGAACUCAGCCAUUUCGCAAUUGAUAUUGGUGGGUCACUAGUGAAGCUCGUCUACUUUUCUCGGCAAACGGAACCUGCUGUCUCUUGCGGGUCGCCUCCUCGGAAGGGCGGAGGCGGACAAGAUCGACAGAAGGAGGCGUACUAUGAAGGGUGGCGGAGGCAUCCAAUUCUUGGUGGCCGACUGCACUUCGUGAAGUUCGAAACUUCAAAGCUCAAUGACUGUUUGGCCUUCAUCCAGUCGAAAAAACUGCACUGCUCCAAUCCCUCCUUGGGUACGAGGCUUCACAGCAACUCCGGAGAUUUGAGCGGCUUGGAUGGAUUGGCAGCUAGUAACGGAUCUGCGGAAGAAGCCACCGUCAAGGCCACAGGUGGUGGAGCCUUCAAGUUUGCAGACGUUUUCAAGGAACGACUAGGCGUAACCUUUGACAAGGAGGAUGAGAUGGAUUGCUUGGUCUCUGGAGCGAAUUUUUUGUUGCGAGCUAUACGAUAUGAAGCUUUUACGCACUUGGAGGGACAAAAGCAGUUCGUGCAGAUGGACCGAAAUGAUUUAUUCCCUUACCUUUUGGUCAAUAUCGGUUCCGGCGUUAGUAUGAUCAAGGUAGAUGGAGAUGGUGUCUAUCAAAGAGUGAGCGGAACGAAUGUGGGUGGUGGUACUUUCUGGGGGCUCGGCCGGCUUCUGAUGAAGUGCAAGACAUUUGAUGAAAUAUUGGAGUUGAGCCAGGGAGGGGACAACAGCUCCGUAGAUAUGCUCGUUGGAGACAUCUAUGGGGGUCUUGAUUACAACAAGAUUGGACUCUCCGCCUCAACCAUCGCGUCAAGUUUCGGCAAGGUGAUCUCGGGGGACAAGGACCUCUCCGAAUACAGACGAGAAGAUCUUGCUCUUUCUCUUCUUCGGAUGAUCUCAUACAACAUUGGACAGAUCGCAUACUUGAAUGCUCUUCAGUAUGGGCUGAAGCGCAUAUUUUUUGGGGGAUUUUUCAUUCGCGGUCAUGCCUACACAAUGGACACAAUAUCCUUCGCCAUCAAUUUCUGGUCUAAAGGAGAAGCUCAAGCUAUGUUUUUACGACACGAAGGAUAUUUAGGUGCACUUGGAGCAUUCUUGAGCUAUGACAAACAUGGACUCACAACUUUGACCUCUCAUCAACUUGUCGAGCGAUUUCCAAUGGGUGCUCCUUAUGCAGGAGGAGAGAUACAUGGUCCUCCCAUCCGAGACCUUAAUGAGAAGAUUACCUGGAUGGACAAAUUCAUAAGGAAAGGAAUUGAAAUCACUGCACCCACACCAACAGCAGUCCCUACGACUACAGGGGUUGGUGGAUUCGAACGCCCACUUUCACGAGCUCUGUCGUUACGCUCAGAUUCGAGUGCGGCUCUUAAUGUAGGAGUGCUGCACUUCGUUCCAUCGCUGGAAGCCUUCCCUCUCCUUGCUGAUCCAGACAAAUAUGAACCAAAUACUGUGGACCUCAGUGACCCACUUGAGAGAGAGUACUGGUUCAACAUUCUCUCGAACCAUAUGCCAGAUCUGGUUGAGAAAGCUGUUGCCAGUGAGGGUGCAACGAAUGAUGCAAAGAGAAGAGGAGAUGCAUUCGCCCAAGCUUUUCGCGCACAUUUGGCAAGACUUAGGGAGGAGCCCGCUGCCUACGGAAAAUUAGGUCUGGCAAAUCUGCUUGAAAUGAGGGAAGAAUGUCUACGAGAGUUUCACUUUACAGAUGCUUAUCGAGCUAUUAAACAGAGAGAAAACGAAGCAUCUUUGGCCGUUUUGCCUGAUCUAUUAUCGGAUCUAGACACGAUGACGCCGAGUGAUAGGAUACUAGCACUUAUCGAAGGAGUUUUAGCUGCCAACAUAUUCGAUUGGGGAUCCAAGGCAUGCGUGGAAUUAUAUCGUAGUGGUACCAUCAUGGAGAUCUAUAGAAUGAGUCGAGACAAGAUGCAGCGACCCUGGCGGGUAGAUGACUUUGAUUUGUUCAGAAAGAGAUGGAUUGGUGAGGAAGGUGCUACCACACCACCAAAACCACACAGGAGAGCUCUUUUCUUUGUUGACAAUUCUGGUGCUGACAUCGUGCUUGGGGUUCUCACUUUUGCGAGAGAACUCUUGAGACGUGGAACAGAGGUUGUGCUUGUUGCAAACUCCUUGCCGGCUAUAAAUGAUGUCGUUGCCACCGAAUUGCCUGCUGUUAUAGCAGCCGCUGCAAAGCAUUGCGACAUUCUUCGAAGAGCUGCAGAAUCGGGCGGACUCCUGUUUGACGCUGUAUCUUGUAAUAACGGCGACAGACACCAAUGUCAAAAUGGAUCUGUACCACCGUUAUACGUAGUAGCGAAUGGAAGUGGCAGUCCAUGCAUUGACUUUCGACAAGUCAGUUCAGAAGUUGCUGCCUUUGCCAAGGACGCGGAUCUGGUGGUUUUGGAGGGUAUGGGUCGGGCUGUGCACACCAACUACAACGCGAAGUUUAAAUGCGACGUUUUGAAGCUGGCGAUGAUAAAAAACCAAAGGCUGGCCGAGCAACUUGUGCAGGGUAACAUUUACGAUUGCAUUUGUCGUUAUGAACCAGGGCAAGACUCUGAGAUAUAUUUAUGAUCGUGUGCUUUGAUCUCGACGUGGCCUCUACAUUAGAGCCUUCACGUUGAAUUCUCAUGUAAAUUUAAGAACUGGGAUGAAGAAGACAGUGGCAUCAUUUACGCCACCAUCGUUUCCGUAGCUGUAGUUGUUCUCUUCUCCGCAGGACGUCAAGUCCCUCGCGAAAGGUCACUCUCCAGUGACGCCCUUCGUACCUCAUUAUUGUCAAUAUGGGAAGCUCAAACAGAAGAUUCGUCUACGUCUGAUCUUCCAAAAUAUUAAUUUAUUCCCUCAUUCGAGUGUUGAUUGAAAUCUCAGUAUAGUUCUUCUCGAUAGCAGCGAGCACAUCCGUGCAGGUCAAGCCUGUAUUUGCAAUUUUUGUGGCUCUGAAAGAUAAUUGACUGGGCCUGCACGACACACUACGAAAGCUGAAUGCUGUCAGAAUCCGGUUAAAAAAUCAGGACCUGUGAUAUGUCCACGAGCCAUUAAUGCUCCCAGUAAGAUUCUCAGUACUCCAUAACAAAAGGAUUCACUCAUACCUCGGCUCCAGCAGACUUCGACCAGUCGGUGCUGGCCAGCCGCAUGAGGCAGGCUUGGCUGACGGCGCUGGCGUGCCAGGCGUGUCAUGCCGCAGCUCACUUGCAAGGCUCGUCGAGCUCCAUCUUUUACAC